AUGGAAACCGAUUUCGAAGAAGGGUUGAAAUUGAUCAAAUUGAUUGAAGUGUUGUCUGGUAAACGAAUUGGACGCUAUAGUAAGCGAGUAGCAUUUCGUUCGCAAAAGCUUGAAAAUGUCUCACUCGCUCUCAAAUUUUUGGAAGAAGAAGAAAAAAUCAAAAUUGUUAACGUCGAUAGUUCUGCGAUCGUGGAUAGAAAUUUGAAAUUGAUUCUGGGUUUGGUAUGGAAAUUAAUCUUACAUUAUUCAAUUUCGAAGCAAAUUUGGGAUGAGCGAAUAAGUGGCGAAGAAGAAGUUGAACGAACUCCGAAACAAAAGCUUAUGGCUUGGAUUAAGAGGAAAUUACCACUUGGAUUACCCUUGAACAAUUUCACAUCAGACUGGAACGAUGGUGUUUUGCUCGGUGCAUUAGUCAGCGCUUGUGCUCCUGAUCUCGAACUUGACUGGCAGACUUGGAUUCCAACUGAAGCUCUUCAAUCUACGCGAAAUGCUAUGCAAUUAGCCAAUGAUUAUCUUAAUAUUACACCGCUUUUAACUCCUGAAGAAUUGAUUAGUCCAGCUGUUGACGAAAAAAGUGUAAUGACUUAUUUAUCUCAGUUCCCUCAAGCCAGAUAUCGAGCACCUCUAGGUCGCGUAGUCCUGUUCGAUGCAUCACCAGUCGUGGGACGAUCAACGAAAAUUUCGGUCGAGACUGUAGACUCUUCAGUUGUUCCCGACAUUUCAAUAAUUGGGCCGUCUCAUGCUCCAGUUGUUUAUAACGUGAAUAAACCUACUUUAACCACUCAUGAUAUAACCUAUCAUCCAGAAGAAGCUGGCGAUUAUAACAUACGGAUUUCCUUACGUGAAUUAUCUUCUGGCAAUUCUUUCUAUUUGAAUGCGAUGAAAGCGCAGGCUAGCGAGGGUGCUCGCAUAGUAUACAAUAAUCAUGUUCAUAUUGGGGAAAAGGUGGAGAUUGAAGUUGACAAUACCAAUCACAAUGCCAUCGAGAUAAUGGUGGAAGAUCCUAGAGGUCAAGAAAUCAUUCUGCCCAUUGUUCUAAUGGGUUCAACUCAUCGGACGGAAUUUGUUCCACGGCGUGUCGGUGUCCAUCAUAUAAAUGUUUUUCAAAAUAAACAUCAUAUUGCUGGUAGCCCAUUUCAGUUGGAUGUCGAAUCACUAGCGUUAUUCAAUGUGUGGGGCCGAGGUUUAAUGGAGGAAGGUAUUCGAGUGGGUGAUGAGGUAAUUAUUCACGCGGAUGCGACUGAGAGUGGCAAACUUCCCCUUUCUGUUCGCGUUUUUCCGCCAUCUAAUUGUUCAUUGCCUGUGAGCCACUCAGUCGAUGAAACGAAAUUGCACCAUCAGUUUCGAUAUGUACCAACAGUGGAAGGCAUUUACAUGGUAGAAGUGAAAUAUGCUGAUGAACAUAUUGGAAUGAGCCCUUACAAAGUGUCAGUUGGUGGUUCUUCAAAAUCAUCUGCAUAUGCUUUCGGGCCAGGCUUAGAAGGAGGAAUCGCUACACUGCCGGCAGUCUUUUUCGUUCAGACUAACGGUGAAACGGAUCAGCUAAGUUUCUCCAUUGAAGGGCCUGCAAAGACGGAAGUUAUAACUAAAGAUAACGGUGACGGUUCGGCAAUUCUUCAAUAUAUUCCUGAAGUAGAAGGGAUUUACUCUCUUAAUAUUUUAACACACGGCCAGCAUAUAAAAGGUUCACCCUUUAUUGUUAUGAUCGAUUCAGUAGAAUCCAAAAAUUUACCGUUUCUACAAACGGCAUAUCUUGACGGCAUUCAUCCUUCGACGUCUUUGGCAAAAGGGAGGCCAGUACAUUUCACAGUUAAUACUCGUAAAAAUGAAGAUGUUGGUUUGGAACCGGUCGUAAAAGUAUUAGAUAGUUGUUAUAACUUUGUGCCUGUCGAUGUUUCGAAACUCGAGCCAGGAAUUUAUUCAUAUAAGUUUACUCCAGAGACAUCUGGUCGGCAUUAUAUUAGUGCAGCUGUAGGAAAUAUCGCCGUUGAAAAUACUCCUUUCAUGGUAAGAGUAUUGGAUACAGAAAAAAUUCAUGUUUUUGGGCCAGGAAUAGGGCCUGAUGUCAGGUGUCAACAACCAACGCAUUUCUUCAUUGAUGCCAAAGGAGCUGGGCCUGGUGAAAUAGAAGUGUCAUUAUGUGAUCGAGAAGGGCCUGCUGUUAAUCUUGAUGUCUUGGAUAAUGAUGAUGGCUCAUUUACCGUAAAAUAUACUGCUCCGCGACCCGGCUCAUAUCAGCUAAAUAUAAUAUUUGCUGGUGUGGAAAUUCCAAAGAUCGAAAUUAAUGUUAAACCUCAAAUUGAUGUCUCGGGGAUUCGAGUUGAAGGUCUUGAAAAUGCAGUGGUGACGGUGAACUGUGAAAAAGAGGUUCAUGUUUUUACAGUCGAUGGUGAAAAUACACGCGUAGUAAUUCGAAGUCCAUCUGGGCGUGUUGUUGAAGCGCUGAUCGAACCAACUUUUACUGGAUUUCGCGUGCGUUUUACACCAUCCGAAAUUGGCGAUUAUACGAUUGAUGUUACCUAUCAAGACAUUCCGAUUGAAGCAUCACCAUUCCAUUUACAUUCUUUACCAUUCUUAAAUGAUGCAUUAACAAAUGAUGACGUUAUUGCUGAAACUGAAUAUGUUGUAAAUGCGUCGGGGCCUGCACAAGCAAAUCUUGUUGUCGUAUCUGGACCUGGUCUUGGCCCUGUCACCGUAUCAAAACGGACGCACAUUUUGAUUGAUGCUACUCGAGCAGGCUUUGGUAAUAUCGAUCUUUUUGUAGAUGGUCCAUCCAAAACGCCCAUUCAGUGUAUCGAUAAUCACGAUGGUACUUGCUCGAUGUUCUAUGUUCCGCUUAUUCCUGGUGUAUAUUAUUUGAGAGUUUUGUUCGAUGAUUGCCAUGUACCUGGAAGUCCUUUUGAGAUUCUCGCUGAGUCAGCUCCCACUACUUCGAUCUCAUCCACUCCAUCUUCUUCAUCAACUUGCAGUGCGCUUCAGUCUUUAUGCAUUUGUGCGUUAUCUAUACAUUGUCUUUUUUUUGUAUUUAUUUGCGGGAAUUAUGGAUAUGAGCACUUCGUUGGUGGUUUUUUUUUUCAUUUUCGCUAUUAUAUUUUUGAAUUGAAAAAUUACCAAUGUUGUGAACUUCAAAAAGUUGUAGAAAAUGUGCUUAUUGGUCAUCGAAAAGACAUUGCUAUAGACAUUGGUGAACUUGUCGCUGAACAAGAUGGACUGGAAGUGAUCAUAGAUGAUGGAAGUCGUCACAAUUAUUUGCUAAAACUUACCUUGGGUCGCCCCAAUAUUUACACUGGUACAUGGAUCGCACAAAAACCUGGUAAAACAAAGUUUUCAAUAUUUUUCGAUGGUAACUUAGUUAGAGAAAAUCAAAUAGUCAUACAUCGAGGGCAUGAUGCCAGUAAGUGCCGUAUUUAUGGCGAUGGUCUUGAGCGAGCAUUUGUUCAUGAAACUGCCGAGUUUUAUAUUGAUACUCAGGAUGCUGGUGAAGGAACGAUAGCAAUGGCGAUUAAAGGGCCUUCUGAAUCAAAAACAUCGAUUACUGAUCAUUCAAAUGGUUCUUGUAAAGUUGAAUAUAUCCCUCUUACACCUGGACUUUAUGAAAUCCAUAUCGCCUUUGGUGGUGAAAAAAAAGAUCCAAUACCAGGUUCACCUUUCAUCGCUGUAGCCGACUAUCGUUUUGAUCCUUCAAAAAUUACUAUUAGUGAGUUGAAUGAGCGUAUAAAAGUGGAUACUCCAACAAGUUUUAUUGUGGAUGCAUCGAAAACAUCAGCUAAACCAUUGGAUGCUUGUUUGAAAGUUGGGCACCAGCAACCAAUUGUUGAAGAAAUUGAACCACGCAUCUAUCGAAUUACAUUUAUUCCAAGCGGAAAAGUUGGGGAUGAGCUCAAUCUGGAUUUGUUAUACGAUGGUCAGCUUCUUCACAAUAGGCCAGUGCGUUUGAAAUUCGUUCUUGUACCCAAAUUUGAUCCUAAUCAAAUAGUUCUGCUUGAUAGUUUAGGCGGUCCUCUACCAUCCAGCUUCGAUUCUUCUUUGCCGACUCAACUUACAGUUGAUUUAAGAAAUAUUGGGAAGCUUGAGAAAUUAAAAGUCGUUCCCGAAGUUAAGGGUCCUGAUGGAAAAUUGCGUAAUUCAUUUUUAUAUGAAACUGAUAAAAGAGGAAUUUAUUUUCUUGAAUAUCUACCAGAUGUUGCUGGAUCUUACAUCAUCACUGUUUUUGUUAAUGGUCAUAUCUCUAAAUCAUUUUAUCUUCAUGCGAAAGUCACUGGUGAUGCUGAAAAAUGCAUCGUUAAAGAUUUGCCUAAACAACAAUACUGGGAAAUAAAUCAGACAAAAAAGUUCCUAAUUGAUACUUCCAAAGCUGGUCGUGGGGCUUUAAACUUUUUGUCGAAAAAAGGCGAAGUCGUGAUCACUACAAAAAGUGAGAAUAAUGAAACGGUUGUAACAAUUACACCUACGACAUUGGGCCAUCAUGAAGUUGAUACUUUUUUUGGUGGAAAACAAAUAUCAUCUGGAACAAUGAUUUUCGAAGUAUUAGAUUUUAUUUGUAAUUUUAUAUAA